GUGAAAGCAGCACUGCUUUAUAGCUUAGAAUUAAUUUCAUUUUGUUGUUGAUUUUCGUUUGUUGUGGUAUUUCGUCGUUUUGUUACUUUUUUACAGUUAUGGUGACUUUGAAGUUAAAUAUUGCAAUAAUGUUAAACAUUGUUUUUGUCUCCUAUUGUGAUAGAAGAAUCAAAGGUGGUGAAGCGGUAACUGGAACUAAACGAUACGUGGCUUACUUAGUAAAAGCUCCAAUGUCAUCAAAGAAGUACGACAGUUGGGUUUGUGGAGGAGCUAUAGUAUCAACGCUCUUCAUAAUAACAUCAGCUGCAUGCGUAGAUGAUGUGGAAUACCUAUACGCGGUUGCGGGAUACAAAAAAUAUGUCACAGACCAGGACAUUGAAACUGAUCAAUGUACGAAAACAAUGAAGAAAAAAGUCAUUUACACAUGUGUUCCUAUGAAAUACGAAUUAAACUACCAUCAGGUGGAAAAAUGGUCUUAUAUAGACAUAGCUGUAGUAAAAGUAGAAUCACCUUAUGAUUUUAACGACAGUCAGUAUGAAACUCUUUGUUCAUACAAACCGAAAGUUAUAGGAGUUAAUUAUGAGAAACGGUUUCAAGAUCCAGGUAUUGAUGGCUUAGUAUAUGGAUGGGGACAUCUAGACAUCUGGAGACAACAAGGAGAUACAAAAAAUUACAAUCAGGAGGCAUUGCGGUAUGCAGCUGUUAAGGUUAUAGAUAAGACUAUAUGCAAAAGGGAGUACAGUAAGUUUCCUAAUAUGAACAACGUUAUCGAUGAAUUUAUGAUAUGUACUGAAGGGAAGGGAGAAAUAGAUGAAAACGGUAACUUGGCACUAGACGACGGAAAUGAGGAACCAAAAUUAAAUGGGUGUAAAAACCCAUUAGAGAAUUUACACUGCGAUCAGGAUACCCUUAACACGUUCACAGAAGAUGAAACACGUAGAGAAGUUUUAAGAUCUGCUAAUCAAACUUCUGAUGACCACAAAACGAAAGUCAAAAAUGGAACUUUAUCGAGCAGAAGAAUUAGAACACGAAGAACUGGGAUUUGUCAGAAUGAUCACGGAGGACCUUUAGUUACUUGGGCGGGGGCCAAUGAAGUACUCAUCGGUGUGGCUUCUGUAUUUAAAGUGACUACUGAGUCUACAUGCACUGGACCUUAUUUAUAUACGAGUACACGAUGCAAUGGAAUGUUUUUGCAUUGUAUUUUAUCGUCGAAGACAAGGAGGAGAUCCAUUUGCGACAGUCCACCGAUCCAAAGAGGAUAUGAAACUGUUGAGAAGUUCGUGUCAUGGAAGAAUCAUCCUGCAGGGCCGGCACAAAAUGAAAUCGAAAUCGACAAUCGAGAAAAGGAUGAGGAACAUAAGAAGAUAUACAUGGAGUUUGCGAAAUUAGAUAAGUUUUCAGACAAUCAAAUGAUUGCCCUAAGACCACAGCUACCUAUUAAUAAAUCAUAAUAACGAAAUCAGUUUCUAAAACGA